CGGGGGCGCCCCGCCAUCCCCGCCAUGCAGUCCGUCGCCCGACCGUUCACGGACUUCCAGUUGACGUCCAGUCGCCGCCACCGUCAUCUCGCCUCUCCUCCAGCAGCCGCUCCAUAGCAGUAGCUUCUCCAGCAGGAGCUUCUGUAGCAUCAGCUUCUUCAGCAGCAACUUCUCCAGCAGUAGCUUCUCCAGCAGGAGCUUCUGUAGCAUCAGCUUCUCCAGCAUCAGCUUCUCCAGCAACAACUUCUCCAGCUUCAGCUUUUCCAGUUUCAGCUUAUCCAGCAGCAGCUUAUCAACUUUCAACUCAUCCAGCAGCUUAUAUCCAGCUUCAGCUUCUCCGGCAGCAGCUUCUCCAGCCAGCACAGCGUGCUUCAGCAACAUGCUCGUCCUGCAGACCGCCGCCGUCCUGCUCGCGCUGGUGCUCGCGGCCGAGGCCGUGCCCGUGCCCGCCUCGCCGGCGGCGUCCGGGAAGAACGGCGGCGUCCGGCGGGCCGACCGCGACGUCACCGUGUCCAAGUACAGCAACAAGCCCAACUCGGGCAGCGGCGAAUACAGCUACGGGUUCGAGCUGAGCGACGGCUCCAGCCGCUACGAGGAGGGCCGCCUGCAGAACGCGGGCGUGCCCGGCAAGGAGUUCCUGGUGGUGCGCGGCAGCUUCAGUCGCCCGCGCUUCGACGGCACCAUGGAGCAGGUCAUGUACUACGCGGACGAGGGCGGCUUCCACGUCGCCAAGAUGGUGCCGACGCUCGGGCAGGCGCCGGCCUCGGCACUCGUCGCCUCGCUCGUCGGCUGACCGCCAUCUAGUCUUAGAAUUAGUGUUUCACUGUUAUUUAAAUACGGAGAGAAAAUAAAGAAAACGAGGAGUUACAA